UGGAAGGGGAAGCAGCCUGUUUGAAAUUACAGAUCCUUCAGUUCGAAUCAAGCUGUCGUUGAAACCUGACAAAUUUAUCGAGACCAAUUGUUUCGAGUUGCUGAAAUCAUGGAUGCGAGCUUGGCUGCUAAUUGUGCAGCUGCAAACAGUGGUGCUCCCGCUCAUAUCUUCGCAUAUCUGAUACAAACACUUCUAGCUGCGCAAUGUGGCCUGGCUCAAGACAUUUAUCCCCCAGAUCGCUCAGAAGAGAUUGCAAAUUCCAAUAUAGAAUUUGAUUUUAUAAUUGUGGGCAGUGGAAGCGCCGGCUCUGUGGUAGCCAAUCGUUUGACCGAAGUAGGGGAUUGGAAAGUACUGUUGAUAGAAGCUGGCGACAAUCCUUCGAUACUUAACGAACCUCCCGCAACUUUUUUAAUGCAAAUAGACUCACCGGUGGAUUAUUCGUAUGAUGUCGAACCCGAAAAAUUGGCUUGCCAGGGUAGCAAAGACAAAAGGUGCAAAUGGGCAAGAGGUAAGGCUCUCGGUGGCAGUUCUACUCUAAAUGCUAUGCUUUACAUUAUGGGCAACGAUGAGGACUACAACGAGUGGUCUCGAUUGGGGAACGAAGGUUGGAGUUUUGAUGAAGUUCUGCCAUACUUCAAGAAAUCGCAAUCUUGUGGUCAUGGACAUAAUGACGAAUGGAGAAGCAAAUUUUGUGGUCACGGCGGACCGUUAAAUAUUAGAUACUUCAAUUACAGCAGUUCGGAUUUGUUUGAAUUGGUUCUAAACGCCGCUCGCGAGUUGGACAUGCCUAUUUUGGAGAAUAUUAAUAACGGCGACAAGUUUAUCGGAUACGGUGUAGCUAUGGGCACUGUCGAUAAUGGUCGCAGAAUAAGUACCGCGAAAGCUUUCCUGUCGCCGAUAAAAGAUAGGAGCAAUCUCUAUGUAAUGAAGUCUACUCGAGCCGAUGCUGUUCUCCUCGAUGGUAAUCGAGCUGUCGGGGUACGAGUGACUUUGAAGGACGGUAGGACGAUAGACGUGAAAGCCUCGAAGGAAGUGAUCCUGUCGGCCGGCAGCCUCGACAGUCCCCAUCUCCUUAUGCUUUCCGGCAUAGGACCCAAGGAGCAUUUAAGCGAAAUGGGAAUACCUACUGUAGCUGAUUUGCCUGUCGGCAAGAAUCUUCAGGAUCACCUUAGAUGGACCUUAUUCACAUCUUUCAAAAAUCACAGCGCGACACCCACAUCGCCCCAGUAUAUAUUCGACGAAGCUUACGAAUACUUAAUGCACAAUCGAGGUCCCUUCGCAACUAGCGCAGCCCACGACCUUCAAGGGUUCAUCAACGUACAUGACCCGAACUCCAAAUACCCAGACAUUCAGUUUCAUCAUAUUCAUUUCCCGCAAUGGCAGGUGGAAAAAGCAUUCAUGUCACUAAUACAGCUAUAUGUAAACGAACAAAUCAGUCAAGAAGUAACGAAAAUUGUGACACAGGAGACGGUAAUGAGUAUUAUACCUACUUUGCUAAAGCCAAAAAGCACAGGCGAAUUGCGACUACGUAGCACAGAUCCAGCAGAUCCAAUCAGAAUCUUCGCCAAUUAUUAUUCCGAAGAGGAGGACAUUGAGACGAUGUUAAAGUCUUUGGACUUCGUGAAGAAGAUGAUGGAAACCGAGGCGUUUAAACGGCAAGGAGUAAAAUUACAUAAUAUAGAUAUUGAGGAUUGUCGUCACACUGAACCUGGUUCCGAGGAAUAUUGGAGGUGUAAUCUGCGACAUUUGUCAUUUACGCUUUAUCAUCCCGUUGGAACAACCAAGAUGGGUCCUCGAGAUGAUCCCACAGCCGUCGUGAGCCCACGAUUAAAGGUCCACGGCGUACAGGGAUUGAGGGUGAUUGAUGCAUCCAUCAUGCCACGAAUUACCAGCGGAAAUACAAAUGCACCUACAAUAAUGAUAGCCGAAAAAGGCGCGGAUCUCAUCAAAGAAGAUUGGUCGGCAGUUAUAACUAACAAGGAUGAGUUGUAAAGAUUAAAUUUUAAAAAAGCUA